GAAAAGUAGUUAGAAAUGUGGAUUGUUUCGUGUGGUAUCGUAACAGUAGAGAUCGUUCGAGAUUUAGUACACUGUUAUUGUUCUCUCGAUCAUCCAGAUCUUUCCGCAUUUUGGUUGGCAACGACACGGCUAGGUCAUGAAAGCGGAAACCAGACUCUCGAUCCUGGCUCGACGAACGAAUGUGUCAAGAUGCAGCCUAUGCCGUCCCUAUGUGGCGUCGUUGUGACUUUGCUUCACGUUCUGGUCAGUUAUGCACACGAACAAAGGCAAGAUUCGGGCAUGUCCUUUACCCGGCACCCUCAACCUCUGGAUGCACCGUUGGGCGACGAAGUGAACUUUGAAUGCAAUCUGAACCUUCCUGCGGAACGUUUUGCUUGGCGUCAUAGACGAUUGAACUCAGACAAAUGGGUGCCAGUUCUUCACACGCCUAGCAAUGGUGGCAAAACGUCCAGGCAUGUAGUGAAUUUCGAUGACGAAUCAAAAGCCGGGGAUUACCGGUGCAUAGCUUUUUAUGGCACCAGUUUAGGAUUAGCUUCUGACCCAGCAAGAUUGACGCUUGCAACUUUGCAGAAGUUCACCGACAAGAACGACGUCGUCAUACACGUUGCAGCAGGAAACACAGUACCUAUAACAUGUCCCGUCCCUUACUCAGCACCAGAAGCUAUAGUACAGUUCUACAAAGACAACAAGCUCAUACCGAAUGUUAACGGGAAGACCAUGAUCAUUGAAAAUGCUAAAGUAUCGGAUAGCGGAAACUAUCACUGCACAGCUAGUAAUUAUAUAACCAGCCAAUUGUUUACCAGCAAUCGUAAAACCAUUUUGAACGUACACGCUAAUCCUACUUUCCAAACGCCAUACUUCAUCAAACAGCCGCAAACCGAAUACAAGGUUCUGCGGGGUAAGAAUGUUACUUUAGAGUGCUUCGGUGCUGGUUACCCGGUGCCUUCUGUUACGUGGAGUAGAUUGAGCAGUCCAUUACCAACGAAUUCCGUAAAAACUGUCAUGGGCUUAACGAUAAUGAACGUCCAAUCGACAGACAGAGGAGAAUAUGAUUGUAUGUGGAGCAGCAAAGGUGGACAUAUAAAGUCUGUGAUCAUAUUGAAACUAAUGGAACCGCCGAAAAUCGUCAAACCACCGAAGGCGUCUACGUUCUCCGAAGGUGGAGAAUUGGAGCUUUCCUGCUCGGUAACCGGUGAACCAUAUCCAAAAGUGGAAUGGCUAAUCAAUGGAGAAUCUCUGACGCCAAAUGAUAAUCUAGAGAUUAAAGGCUCCACUCUCGUUAUCUCGGAAGUUGAGAAAAAACACGCUGGCAUAGUUCAAUGUGCUGCGAGCAAUGAUUACGGUUCAGACUCCGGCGACAAUUUAUUGAGGGUCAACCCGAAACAACAUAUUGGUACGACUGAAUCGCGGCCAGAUUAUGGGAUUCCUAAUUCAAGGCACAAGCACACGAGGGGAGGGGGUAGGAGGAGAAGCAAAGAUGGAAAGCGCAAAGGCACUGCAGUUCUGGUACCACCGAAUCAACCUAAUGUCACGAGACUAUCAGAUAUGUCCGUGAUGGUAAGAUGGUCUGUACCUGAGAACACAGGAUUACCGAUUCAGUUUUUCAAGGUUCAAUACCGAGAGCUUGGACCAAAAAUAAAUGGCAAGCCAGGGAAGUGGAAUACCGCGAACUCUGAGAUACCGAAUCAUGUGGGUUCGUUUGAGGUCACUGAACUGCAACCUAAUCAUACGUACCGGUUCAGGAUUGCUGCAGUUUAUUCAAACAAUGAUAAUAAACUCAGCCCGAAUUCGGUUCGCUUCCAUCUGAACAAAAGUGGCGGGUUCAAGAGCAACAGAAUGCCCAUACCGUUGUUAACAAACACUGAAGCUUUAAGCCCACAUGAAGUGUUGCUUAUCUGGCAAAAUCCAGAUAAAUCAACAGAAAUUGAUGGCUACUAUGUGUACCAUCGAGCCUCGUCAUCUGCUGGGGAAUAUGUGAAAACUACGGUCGAAGGAAAGGACUCUUUCAAUAUAACUAUAUCUCAUUUGCAACCCGAUACAACGUAUGAGUUUAAGGUGCAGAGUUUCUCGGUGGACGCCGCGUCGGAAUUCUCGCAGAUUCUCCGGCAGAAGACGAAGAAGCCAAUCGUAGAGCACCACGAGAAUGAUAAUCGUAAUGAUCACGGUAGCAAUCUGACGUUAGAUAGUCGGGUAAGGCCUGCGGACGAUAGAAACGCGAACAUGUAUGCAAUAAUAGGCGGGGUCGUUGGCGGAUCAGCUCUACUAGGUGGUCUAACUGCAGUAGCAGUAGUGUACAAGAGGACUAAACACAAACAAAGUCGGGAAUCUUCGCAGAGCGAAGGGAAACCUAUUACAAAUGGAAGAGUAAUGAACGGUGGAGUCACCGAUUCGAAGAUAAAUAUAACGUCAAACCCGCUCGCUGGUCUCGACACAUCUGAAGAUAUAAUACAGCCUAAGAGCGGACAACAGUCGCCGAUGGAAAUGGCCUCGUUUCUAAACGGGCAAAACAACAACAGCAACAACCAUAACAACAGUGACACAGCUGGAACUGACGUGAACACAUCGUAUACUGAGCCCGCUCUGCUCCAGGGAUCACUGCCUAUCGAACAACCUCUGUGAAACCAGUUAUCGUGCCAGGAUUCAUUUUCCAAUUUUAACGUAGAAUAUACGAUUCUUCAUUUUAACGCAUUUGGAGAAAGCGACAGCGAUGCUUCUUUUAGUGAGACUUUUAAACUUGUAGAUCUUAGAUGUCAUCGAGUUCAGUGAACAAACCGUUAUAAGACAUGUACAGGGUGUCGUAAUAGGUAUGCUCACAUACUUGGAUUUAAUUACCGGACAAGUGUUCGUCCAGUAGUUUUAUUUUGAUUCAAGUUCUAGGUCUUACCUUCGUGCAUGAUACCUUUUGGUUGAGCUCAAGGUAGUAUAAGGGAAUCAACGUUCAACCAUGAAGUGCGUAUCUUAAAAUUAUUAAUGUACCUGUUCGACGAAAUUUUUUUCUUGUUCGAUGUUGCUGUUCAUUACACACUUUAUGGUCGACAAUUAAUCAAGGAAUUUAUGUGUAAGUCAGCUUAUGCGCGCAUAGAUAGCUAAUAGAAUCGCGCGAGCUCAGAACUGAAUCAACUUUAUUAUUUUUUUCUCUUAGCGGGAGAAGUGUUUCUCCCAUCGCAUUCGCGUAGGUUUUAUAUUAAUUUUACACCAGGCAGCUUUUAAAGUUAUCUUUGUUUCCUAAUUUAAAUAAACUAGCGUUCACGGUUUUGUAAAUACGCGAUUUAUUGAUAGUUAGAUCGAGUUUAGACGCGAAUGAAAUUGCGCUUGAUAAGAAAAAGAAAAGGUAGCUGUGCUAUGUAUUUUAUAUUGUGCGUCCAUUAUUUUUGGAUAGUUCUCAAUGGUAUCGAAACUUUUGGUUGCUCUUCCCAAUCGCUGACUUCGCACCGCUUGUAUUCAAUGUUCGUCGUAUCGUUAGCGACGGAAUCGGCAGCAUUACCUUGAUGAAACUAGUACAUACUUUACAUUAGAGAGAAUCUGACACGAAUCCCUAGUACAUACGUUGCUAACAGUAUUUGUUACGUAAUGGUACGAAGUUAACUUAUAAUAGCAGUAUUUCUCCUAGCUUCGAGUUAGAUGCAAUAAUUUUUUAGUGAUCGUUGUUUUAUUCCUGACGGUAAUCAAGCUUUACGAUGACUCUUGCGACUAAAAAUUCGUAAAACUGCUCAAGGUUCUACGACCUGUUGAAAUUUCGAUAUCAGACAACGAAGAAACGACUAAGAUUUGUAAAUAAGUAUUUGUAAAAUUUUAUGAUGCUACUUCUUUAUAUAUACAUAUAUAAAGAAUAUUUAUACAUACACAGAUA